AUGGCUGGAGGUGCUGUUGCCGAUGUCGGCUUCACCCCGGCUGGCCCUGUGGCCCGCCCUGCGAGCGUGAAGCAGUCGCUCCCUGCGAUCCUCGUCGCUGCCGCCUCCGCCUUUGGCGGUGUGCUGUUCGGUUACGACACUGGUACCAUCUCCGGUCUGAUCGUGAUGCCGAACUUCCAGGAGACUUUCGGCAAGCCUGUCCCGGGCAGCACUACUGGCGCCUACGCCUUGACCACCAACGACGAGUCGCUCGUUGUGUCGAUCCUUUCGGCUGGUACCUUUGUGGGUGCCUUGGCCGGUGCGCCCAUCUCGGAUAUCCUUGGUCGACGAUGGGGUAUGCAGGUCGCUCUGCUUGUUUUCACCAUCGGCGUGGUGAUGCAGAUGGCCACCACGGACCUUGGUGUCUUCAUCGGCGGUCGUGUCGUUGCAGGUCUCGGUGUGGGUAUCCUGUCGACCAUUGUGCCCAUGUACCAGUCCGAGACGGCCCCUCGCUGGAUCCGCGGUGCGGUGGUUUCCGGUUACCAGUGGGCCAUUACUAUUGGUCUGCUUUGCGCCUCGCUCGCCAACAACGGUACGCAGAGCCGCAAUGAUUCCGGCGCGUGGCGCAUCCCCGUCGGUAUCCAGCUUGCCUUUGCCAUUCUUCUUUGCGGUUUCUUCCUGAUUCUUCCUGAAUCGCCUCGUUGGCUCGUCAAGAAGGGCAACCACGAGCAGGCUUCCAAGUCGCUCGCUCGCCUCAACUCGACCGAUGUUGACGACCCCAUCGUCCGCUCCGAGCUGUCGGUCAUCCAGACCAACCUGGACCUCGAGCUCACUCACUCCACCGGUUCCUACCUCGACUGCUUCAAGAACAACGACCGAAAGUACCUUCUUCGCGCCAUGACCGGCAUCUUCAUCCAGGCUUUCCAGCAACUCACUGGUAUCAACUUCAUCUUCUACUACGGCACCAAGUUCUUCAAGUCGGCGCUUCCCGGCACCAACCCCUUCAUCUUCUCGGUCAUCUCCAACGUCGUCAACGUCGUGACGACCGUCCCGGGCAUGUACAUGAUGGAGCGCCUCGGCCGCCGUAAGCUGCUGAUCUUCGGCGCCGUCUGGAUGUGCGUCUGCGAGCUGAUCGUGGCCGUCGUCGGUACCGCCGUGCCCGUCAAGAACCUGGCCGGAGGCAAGACCGCCGUCGCCUUUGUCUGCAUCUACAUUGCCGGUUUCGCCUCGACCUGGGGCCCUGCCGCCUGGGUUGUCUGCGGAGAGAUCUUCCCCCUUGCCAUCCGUGCCAAGGCGCUGUCGCUCUGCACCGCCUCCAACUGGCUCUGGAACUUUGGUAUCGGCUAUGCCACCCCUUACCUCGUCGAUGUCGGACCUGGCAAGGCCGGUCUCGGUCCCAAGGUGUUCUUCAUCUGGACCGGUACGUGUGCCUGCUGCGCCGUCUUUGCCUACCUGUUCAUCUACGAGACCCGUCUGCUGUCGCUCGAGGAGGUCGACGAGAUGUACGCCCAGACCACCGCCAUCAAGUCGCCCGCCGCCAACGCCGAGAUCCGCGCUCGUCGCUCGGACCUCGAGGGUGCUGUCGCCCCCGUCAAGGAGGACGAGCUCGCCACCCACGACGAGAAGAAGUACUAA